AUGUCAGGCUUUGAUAACUUAAACACGGAUUUCUACCAGACAAGUUACAGCAUCGAUGACCAGUCACAGCAGUCCUAUGAUUAUGGAGGAAGUGGAGGACCCUAUAGCAAGCAGUAUGCUGGCUAUGACUAUUCGCAACAAGGUCGCUAUGUCCCUCCAGAAAUGAUACAGCCACAACAGCCAUACACCGGGCAGAUUUUCCAGCCAACUCAGACAUUUUCUCCAACUACACCUCAGCCAUUCUAUGGAAACAGCUUUGAGGAUGAGCCACCUUUAUUGGAAGAAUUAGGUAUCAAUUUUGACCACAUCUGGCAAAAAACGUUAACAGUGUUGCAUCCAUUAAAAGUAGCAGAUGGCAGCAUCAUGAAUGAGACUGAUUUGGCAGGACCUAUGGUUUUUUGCCUUGCCUUUGGAGCCACAUUAUUACUGGCUGGCAAAAUCCAGUUUGGCUAUGUAUAUGGGAUCAGUGCAAUUGGAUGUCUAGGAAUGUUUUGUUUAUUAAACUUAAUGAGUAUGACGGGUGUUUCAUUUGGUUGUGUGGCAAGUGUCCUUGGAUAUUGUCUUCUUCCCAUGAUCCUACUUUCCAGCUUUGCAGUGAUAUUUUCUUUGCAAGGAAUGGUAGGAAUCAUUCUCACUGCUGGAAUUAUUGGAUGGUGUAGUUUUUCUGCUUCCAAAAUUUUUAUUUCUGCAUUAGCCAUGGAAGGACAGCAACUUCUAGUAGCAUAUCCCUGUGCUUUGUUAUAUGGAGUCUUUGCCCUAAUUUCUGUCUUUUGA